UGAUCGUCACUCUGACACGGAACUCCGCAGAGAAGAGGGAAGUUCGGUUUGUUUACUUCGCGGAAAGAGAAGCUUUAUYAGUCAGACGUUGCGAAGAAUGAGUUAUUAUAAAUCACUCUUACUUUGGGGACAUACCAGUUUAAUGGCCGCUCGAGAUAUUUCAAUGAUUUAAGUAAAUCAGCCUGUAAAAGAAGCCAAAUGACUGAGCUGCAGCCAACGAGCCGGCUCCAACAAACAGCAGAGUGUUUUCUUAGUGUCCAGGAGAUGCAGUCCUGGCUGGACAAGGCAGUGUCUUGGGGUCAGGCUGACUCAUCAGACACCCGAAAAGACACCUGCCAACACUUGAGCAGACUGAGGGAUUUCCUCCAGCAACUUCUCACACAAAUCAACAAUACGAGCUCCACGACAGAAAUCAUGAAGAAGCUGCCAUUUUUAGGCCAGCUUUUAGGUCGCCUCUGUUGGAACCCUUACGUCACCGCAGGAGAAACAAUCAGGGAACUACUUCUCCAGUGUUUGUGGGGACUGCACUCAGAGCAUCCAAGAGAUGCUGUGGAAAGAAAGGCCAACCAGUGGAUACGGAAAGUGUUGUGUCAGCUGGUUACAGAAGAAGAUGAUGUUACAGCUCAGGCACUAAUGAAGCACAUGGGUGUGCCAGCUAAAGAGUACCAAGCUCAAGUAUUAAAAAAGAUUGUAACGAAAGUUCAGGAAAACGUUGAAAAGAGUUCUCAAAAUGGCACAGAUGAAAGUAUUUUGGCUACAUCAGAGGUUUUGGUGCCCCUCGUCACAUGUCCUGAAAUUUCUCCUCUCGCUGGCACUUUGCUAAAACAUCCAGCGAUUUCCUUGUCAGAAGACUUCCUUGAUGCUCUGAGCUCUGCUCAUUCCAGUCAUGGCCUACCAUUAGAAGAACAGGCCCUAAUCUCUCUGUGGUAUCACCGGCUGCCCUGCCUGGAGGAGGCAGUGCUCAGUCUGCUGCAGUCUGUUACUGCUGCUGGGUCAACGCCACAAAAUGUUGAGCAGCAAGUUACAAAGUCCCUGCUGCCUAAAGCUUGUGCUCAACACUGUUCAAUAUUCCUGAUUGUAAAUGACAUCUUCCGGUCCAUCCUUAAGCAAGCUGAAAGUAACCAGUCUGUUAGAUCUGCUGCUCAAACCUUUACCAAGUGUUUCUUAAGAGAAUAUUUCCUCCUGCAGCCUGACACAUCUGCAUCUCUGAAGGACUUCUUCCCACAGUCCCCCCCAGGUCUGCUUGCUCCCCUCCUAACCAUGCCAUCAGAGAUGCCUCAYGAGGCUUUGAAAAGCCACCUGAAGUGGCUCAGCAGCUCGUUACAGAGACUGACAGAAGAGGAAGAGGAGGGAGACGCAGGCAGCACAAGCACCAGAGGGCACCACAAAGUGUUUGAGGCCUGGUUCCUGCUCGUUCAAUGCGCCCACUGGGUGCAGGUGGCGCUCCAGCUGCUGGUCACAUCAGGCCCUGAGGACUGUGGUCCCCUUCUCUGGUUGCUGACCUUCUACCAUCACCCCACCAACAGGUGGCACCACAGAGCUGUCCAGCUGGUUCAAGCCAAAGAAGCGUGGGACCUCUUGCACACACUUUACUCCGUCUCACCAUGUCCUCUCAGUGUUGCCCGCCUACAAUCAUUAAUCAUCCUGCUGUCGUCACAAACGUCAGUGGCUUCAUCGUUGACCUUCAACUUAUUAGUUCAUUUUGCAGUUUUCUGCCAGCUACCACCACAUGCCUCAGCAGAGGUUUUACAGAUGGUAAAAAAAACACAUUUUCUUUUUUUUUUAAAUCUGUUUAAUUCCAAAUGGUGUUAUCCUGUUUCUGAGGUUCUCUUCUCCUGCCUUUAAAACCUGAUUAGUGGUUUUCAUAUUUUUGUCCUGUUAUGUAAAACUCUGCAUGUAUAGSAGACUGUAAUUGCUUUUUAUUAUGUCUGUUCUGAGCAGUUAUUGCAUUAGUAUAAACUACUUGACAAAUAGGGGACUAACUGUAGAUUAUAAAGGACUUUAUGUACAAAUUACAUGUUUAUUUGAAUAAAUCAGCAAGUUGAAUUCAUAGGAAAAAUAUCAGUGAGAAUUUUAGAUAAAUUUAGAAUAUUUCAUUUUUAAGUUGCUUCUUUUCAGAUACAUUUUAUUUUGAAAGUCAGCAAUACAAGUUACUGAAACUUUUGACUUUGAAUGAAAAAACAAGUUUGCCCCUAAUUUUAUUUCAUA